UCAGAAAGGAGCCAAAAACAAUCACAAACAUGAGUUUACCGACUAACUGUGUGUAUCUGGCCCCCUCGGUCCAGGAUCGUUACUUCAAAGUGCGCAACGGGAAUAUCUGCGGGUCUCCGUGCGCCGUCAACCGGCCCAUCGACAUCGUGCAGAAACGCAGGCGUUUUGAUGUGGAGAAUGGCCUGUCAGUGGGUCGCAGUCCACUGGACUCUCAGACUAGCCCGAGUUCUGGUCUGGUACUUCAGGCCAACUUCCCUCACAGUCAGCGCCGUGAGUCCUUCCUCUACCGCUCCGACUCAGACUUCGACCUUUCGCCCAAAGCCAUGUCCCGCAACUCGUCCACUGCCAGCGACCUGCAUGGAGAAGACAUGAUAGUGACUCCUUUUGCACAGGUUCUUGCCAGUCUACGAACAGUGAGAACUAACUUUGCUGCUCUGACACAUCUGCAAGAUCGUGUGGGAAACAAACGGCCGUCAAGCAGCAACCAGCCGCCCAUGUGUAAGCCAUGUCCCCCAGACGAGCCGUACCAGAAACUGGCAGUGGAGACACUGGAAGAGCUGGACUGGUGUCUGGACCAGCUGGAGACACUGCAGACGAGACACUCAGUCAGUGAAAUGGCAUCCAAUAAGUUUAAGAGGAUGCUGAACCGCGAACUGACGCAGCUAUCAGAGACCAGCCGCUCAGGGAACCAGGUGUCAGAAUUCAUUGCGAGCACCUUCCUAGAGAAACAACAUGAUGUGGAGAUCUUGUCGCCACCCAUUAAGGAGAAGGAGAAGAAGAAGAGGCCGAUGUCGCAGAUCAGCGGCGUUAAAAAGCCCACACAAAGCCCCAGCAUUGCAUCCACCUGCAUCCCCCGCUUCGGAGUCAUCACCCCACAGGAGAGCAUGUUGGCCAAGGAAAUUGAAGACAUUAAUCGUUGGGGUAUGGAUGUAUUCAAGAUAGCAGAAUUUUCGGGAAACCGCCCUCUGACAGUCCUCAUGUUCUCCAUCUUCCAGGAACGAGACCUUUUAAAAACCUUUAAGAUCCCAAUCGACACCUUCGUCACCUUCAUGAUGACCUUGGAGGACCAUUACCAUGCUGACGUAGCUUAUCACAACAACAUCCAUGCAGCUGAUGUGGUGCAGUCCACCCACGUGCUCCUGUCCACACCCGCUCUAGAGGCGGUUUUCACAGACCUGGAGAUUAUGGCCGUUUUGUUCGCCAGCGCCAUCCAUGAUGUCGACCACCCAGGACUCACUAACCAGUUCCUAAUAAACACCAGUUCAGAGCUGGCGUUAAUGUACAACGACACCUCCGUGCUGGAGAACCACCACCUCGCUGUUGGCUUCAAGCUGCUCCAGGAGGACAACUGUGACAUCUUCCAGAACCUCAGCAAGAAACAGAAAGACUCCCUCCGCAAGAUGGUGAUCGACAUGGUGCUGGCCACAGAUAUGUCUAAACACAUGAACUUCUUGGCGGACAUGAAGACAAUGGUGGAGACCAAGAAGGUGACGAGUCUGGGAGUUCUGCUGCUUGACAACUACUCAGACCGCAUCCAGGUUCUGCAGAACAUGGUCCACUGUGCCGACCUGAGCAACCCGACCAAACCUCUGGAGAUCUACCGGCAGUGGACGGACAGAAUCACGGUGGAGUUCUUCACGCAGGGAGACAGAGAGCGAGACAAGGGCAUGGAGAUCAGUCCCAUGUGUGACAAGCACAAUGCCUCCAUAGAAAAGAACCAGGUGGGAUUCAUCGAGUACAUUGUCCACCCUCUGUGGGAGACAUGGGCGGACUUGGUGCACCCCGAUGCCCAGGACAUCCUGGACACGCUUGAGGACAACAGAGAGUGGUACCAGAGCAUGAUCCCCCGCAGCCCCUCGCCCUCCAGCCCGGAGGAGCUCCUAGGUGAGACAGAGACCGAAGGAGGAGCUGUGGAGGUAGGAGGGCCCGUCCCUUCAGGAGGUGGAGGAAGUGUCGGAGGAGGAGGAGGAGGAGGAGGAGGAGCGGACAAGUUCCAGUUCGAACUCACCCUGGAGGAAGAGGAGGAGGAUGAGGAGGAGGUGGAGUCUGACCUGGAGAGCCCCCCAGAGGAUGACCUCCAGUUGGGCACAGAUCGGCAUCGGGACUCCUCCUCCUCCCCGUCUUUGUCUCCGGACCCUCGCAGCAGCAGCAGCAGGUAUCGCCCCCCUUCUCCUCACCCGUCACGGACCCUGAGUCUGGCUGCCAUGUCGGUGCGGAGCCCCCAACCCCACAGGACACUGGCCUCCCCGGGGAGGGAGGGUACCGACAGGGACAGAGACCUGAGCCAGGAGGGCGACGGGGUUGCCUGCCUGCGUAUGGGCACGUAACAACCAGCACAACCUGCCCCGCCUGAGAGACACGAGCACCAGGUGUAGAGAGACGACGGCAGGGCAGGCCUUCACCAAUAAAGUCUGUAAAUCACCACAGUCCCUUUACACUGGAGACACCCUCUCUGGAGAGCAGAGGAACCUCCCCUCUCUGUUUUAUUUUACUUUUCAGCAAGAAGAAUCGUUUAAGCCUCUCUCUGAGCAACCCGAUAGGCCUUUUGUGUCCCGUCCUGCUUUGUUGUAGCUUCAGUUCAGAGCAUCCCAGACAAAGACUGCUGCAUUUUAACUGGGAAGAAGAGUUGAGCCGAGGCGAGAACAAAAAUUAAAGGAAAUGUCUUCCUCCAAAAUAACUGUCUGUGACAUUCGGACAAGAGCAGCGAAUGAGGAUCAUGGCGGUUCGACAGGGUCUUGGAAAUUAUUUUGCACCAUAGUUUUAAUUUAGGAUAUGAAAGCAUUGAGUCUGGUUGAAAGAAGUGAGUAUGAUCUCUUUGUUUAAGCCUUUUGAGAGUGACGUGCGAGAGGAAUCAUUUUACCAAAUACAGGAUGCAGAUGAGUGGCGUUAAAAUUGAUGGACCUAAACCUCAGGGUAUGAAGAGAAACAUAAAUCUAAUGUAGCACGGAUGUAGUGGGUACCUCUGACCUGACCCCAAACCGUCUUUCCUGUUUGAUUUACCUCCAAACCAGAGACAACUGCGUCUUUGUUAAACCAGUUUUGUCUCUACAUUUAAUUAAAACCCUUUAACAGAAAAUUUGGCGAUUGAAGCAAUCAAAUAAUAUGUAUUUAAACCAGCUUUGUAGCACCACAGAGAUUGAACACUGAAGAAGACUGGGCCCCAGUCUCACCUGUUUAAAAUACGAGACACGACCUGUAUAAUUAGUGUGAGCUUUUUUUUUUUUAACCUGAAAUUAUUUUAAAUGGUGUCGUUGUUUAAGGUUUUUGAUUUUUAAACCGUUCUUCGUCAUACAGUGGCUGGUUUUGUCUGUGUUUAUGUGCUUGAAAAGCUUUUUUUUUUAUCAGGGUGCCUCCAGUCCGCAGUAGCACUUUACCGUCUCUGCCGUUCAGCUCUUCUAUUCAGUUACAAAGGGCUUCACCCACUGUAGGCCUACUGAUCACACAAACACAGUGCAGGCCAUCUGACUUGAGGUACCAGGAGGCUGGGCAGGAAACUAACUGAAUGUCUGACUUUCAGAAACUAGUGCAGCGUCUCAGCAGAGGAUUUGAUGGAUUUAGACAACACCAAAACUCACAACCCUCUGUUGAUCUGAUGAUUUUGGAGAGAUAAGACUCCUGAUUUGGGAGAAGCUUCAGAGACUGAAAAUUCUGCAAUAUUUGCACCUCAGUUUCUUGAG